GAAGAGGGCCUCUCAGUCACGCGCACGCCCACCCCCUUGCUCCACAGGCGGGCUCCCCCCCCCACUCCUUCUUCCCCAAUGAAUAAAUAAAAUAAAUACGUGAAUGAAUAAAAAUAAGAAGUCAGUCCCUCAGGUUCCUUUUUGGCACCUCACUUCUGGACCUGAUCCUGAGGGCGGGGGCUCUGGUCACUUCCACUUGAGCAUUCAUUCAUUCAUUCAUUUAAUUUAUUUGCCAUGUUUAUGUACCGCCUGAUGUGUGCAUCUCUAGGCGGUUUGGGGGGGGGGUGUUGUUUGUGUGUGGGAUUGUCCCAAAUCCACCCCACCCUCUUGGGCCCAAGGGUGGAGACACUGCAUGCUAAGCACUGAAGGGCAGGCUUUGGCAUUGAGGGAUGAGCCGAGUGGGGAUGGAGGGCAAGUGGGGUAGUGGGGCCCGGUCAGCUUGGGUAGGAGAGUCGAGGGGGUGCCUUGUGGUUUUGGCAUGAGUCACGCAUCCCCUGACUUGGGGGUGUGGGUGGGCUGUGCCAGACCAAGCCACACGCCACACAUAGGCACUGUGUUGUAUGAAAAGUGUGUUCUUGAGGUGACAGGAACAGCUGGCUGCUGCUUGGGGGUUGCGUGCCAGUGCCAAAGCUGACAGGAGCGGAGGGCUGCCUGGCGGCAGGCCUGAUGGCCAUAUUGCAGUGGGAUGAGGAGUCUGGCAGGAGUCGUCGGCCUCUGGGUGGUGGCGGGAGAUGUGGGGGAGAAGUUCUUUGGUGGUGAUGAGCUUGAGGGUGUAAUGGCACUGGAGAGGCUGGUCUGGAAAUGCUGGGCCUCAUGGUGUUUUGUGAUAUCCGAUCCAUUGGCAGGGCUUUUGGAAAGGAGUUGGUCUUCCACUGAGCAGGGCCACUGUUACAGGCAUUCAGGCCGUGGUGAUGGAUCCAUCUCCAUAACUUUACAAUUAAAAAAACCCAAAACAGAUGAGUAAGAAAGGGAGGAUAAAAGGACUCACAAGUGGAACAGCGAGGGCCAGUUCACAUGAGGAGAUCUGGUACUUGGCAGGAACUCUUGGAUGAAGAGGGUUUGACUACACCGUUCAGGGUCACACUCACCAUUGUGUUAUAUGAAGAAACGCAAGUUGGAUCACUUCAGAGCCAAAUGGGCGAUGUCAGGAGUCUAGCUCAUUUACUGCAGCACUUCACACAAUAAUUAAAUGAUGGGGAAAAAUUAAUAAUUCUUUGACACUUUUGAAAUCUUGCAAACUCAUGGCCAGAUGACUGCUUUUGCCCAUUUUGCUCAAGUUACACCAGUCCAACUUUGCUCCAGUAUAACUUUGGAUAUAUUUGGGUUUAUUUCAAGAUGCACUGGUACAGAGGACUUACACCAGAUCCUGUGCUCAUUAGACCACUUUUUUAAAAAAGGACAGAAUUGUAUUGUGCUCUAAGUUGGUUUGUGGGGAAUAAUUUUAAAAAGCGAUAUCUGAAAUUAUUGAUAGAUAUAGAGAGAAUUUUGGUUUGUUUGCUUAUGUUUUAAAAAAUAGGAAAAAUAUUAUGAUGUAAACAAAGUGAGUAGCUUAAUGUUUUUUCUGCCAUGCAAGGUCUGUACAGGCAAUUUAUUGUCCUAUACUGUGAAAACUACCACAGGAAGUAUUUCUUUAAAAGUAGGGUUCACAGAUCUGCAGUGGUAGUUCUGCUGACUGACAGUGACUGUCCAAAGCUUUUUGCAUUUAUGUAGAAUAUUUAUAUGCUGCUUUUCAACAAAGAAGUUCACAAACUGAUUUACAUAGCGGAAAGAAUGAGAAGACGGCUCCCUGACCCAAAGAGGCUCACAGUCUGAAAAGAAGCAUAAGGGAAACUCCAGCAGCAGCCCCUGGGAGGUACACUUCUCUGGGCUGAAUUGGGAUGCAGUGUGGUUAGUUCACAAAAUCCCCUCCCUGCCAAAGGGCAUGUUGUGAGCUUCACAGGUAUACUCAGAUACCUUCUGUGGAUGGAGCUGUAACACAGGUGUGCUUCCCAGGCCAUGCACGUCCCGUGAUAUGGGUGUGCUAGGCAGUUCUGGAAUACUUGGUUUAUUCUGUCUCAUAACUGCUGGGCUUUUACUAUGCGUUUUGGAUACAUAUGACUGUAGCUGAGAAGUGAUCCUGACUGCAUGAACUGUUUUGCAGUUCCUAAGCAAAACUGGGUGUCUUCAGGUCGUUCUCAGAGGAACAGUAGAAUGGAUAAUGUGAUCCUUGGUGCUGUCAAUCAACCUUUCUUUGAUUUCAUUAGAUUGUGGACCCUCUGACAACAGAUUAAUACAUUAGUGUUACUUGUCCUUUACCUUCACAGCAGGGUAGGCUAUACAUUUAAAAGGGACCAGUGGCACCCAGUGGAAUGAAGGGGGCUCUCAGCACAGCUGUUGAGAGCCCAAGAAGGCCCACUGCUGCACCUGCUCUCUUCCCAUUCCACGGGGGAGGACUGGGCCUAGCCAGCAACUGCCAGCUGGGUGCCCCCCCACCUAUCUGGGCAUUGGGUGGAUGUUGCAGUAUUGCAGCCAUUUUCUCCUCUAUGCCUUCCUUCUCAUUCUCUCCUUUCUGCUCCUGAAUUUCAAAACUGAGUGCAAAAAUGAAGAAGAGGAAGUGCGACAGUAUGGCUGCUCACCCACCUGGCUCAUCAUUGUGGCGGUUCUGUGGCUAGAUGGAUCAGGGCCACGCUUGCCCAGUGUAAGGGAAGGGAAGCCCACCUAUGUAGGAGGAGGCCCACUGGAGGCCACCUUGCCAAGGGCUGCACCAAACUUCUAACUGGUUUGUAAAUUAUAAAUAAUAUUUAGAUUUUUGAAUGACCUGUAUUUCUUAGCAUUCUUGGGGAGCCAGCCCCUCCCCCAGUGGUUAAUGGAUGGUUUAUACCUUUCCAAAUUGUAGAACAGCUGUUUUUGCUCAUAGGGAUCUAUAUCAAAGCUGGAGACUCCUCUGCAGAGAGAAGAAUAUCUCAGGUCUUUUUUGUUUUGUUAUAGUUAGAUUUUUUUUUUAAACCACAGGUGAGGGUGAGUGCUUGAGGCACAAUGCUUAAAAUGCUUGUUUUUGCCUGUGAUAUUUUCAUUCAGUAACCUGUGUGAGCACUGAGUUACCAGGCUGAAAAUCAGUGUAAUGGAACACAUAACAUCUGGAUAUUGUUCUUAUUGGCUGGGGUGUGUGUGUACCUUUUUAGCUCUUGGUUUUGCAGUGCUAAUUUUGCAGUGAGCUUUGCAGUGCUAAUUUUGUUCUCUUUGCUUAUACUUUGCCUAAGGCUGCUGUUCACUAGAUGAGACUGGAGAGUUUUUCAUACCUGGCUUUUAGUUUGCAUCUUCUCCGGAAUAGAGGGGGUGUGUUCAGAUAUUGGCCAAAUUUACCCCGAAGUCCCUGUGAGCUAUCUGGGAGAUAGAUAGAUAAAUAGAUAAAUUUUUAUUUCAGUCAUUGACCAGUAAAAGAAUACAGUUACACAGACUCAGUGCAAAUUUUACAGGCAAUAUAACAAAACUUAGCCAUUCUACAUAUAAUCUUAUUGGUGUUUGCUAAUAAAAAAUCUAUCUGGGAGCAUUUCACACACAAUUGGGGCUUUUCAUUGCACGUUAGAGUGUAGCCUAAUUUAUAUCCGGGGUAAAAAAAUCCAUUUGUGCAUCAGAUUUUGGGGGGGCAACUUCAAACUUACAGUAAACCUGUUGUCUUGGAAAGCUCUUUUUGAUCUAUGCAGUGAGAGCUAACUUGGAAAUGUUGCAGUGGAACUGCUCCUAUUUCAUGGGUUGUAGGAUGCUCCUUUACAGUUUGCUGUUUUAGUUCUACCUCUGAUUAAUCUCUUUGACUUUUUUCUUGUACCUUUUUCAUGCUGUACUGAAAACUUGAAUAAGCAUAAUGUUUAAAAAAAGAAAAUGAAGAAGCUGGCCAUGCUCUGUUGUGACGUCUUGGCUUACAGACUCUUGAGGGGAAGCCCUGCUCCUCUCCAUUCUGGGAUCCUUGAGACUGGAUGUGGGACUGUGAGAGCUGGAGGAAUGCAACCUGGGCCCUGGCUACAUGGAAAUGAGCAUUGCUUGUUCAAUUAUACAAGAGACAGCAGCAGGUGGGGAAGCUCAAGAAAGGAGACUGAGCUAGUUGCCCAGAGGCAGCAGAAGCAGUGUCAGAUGCACAGCUGGGGCAGUACAGAAGGUCAGGCUGUAAUCAGGAAGGCACUCCUCAGGGAGGAAAACGAAGAGGAGCUGCGCAACUUGGAGAGCCCCCUUGUUGUCAAGAAGAAGAAGCGAGGGCCCAAAAAGCAGAAAGAGAACAAGCCAGGGAAGCCCCGGAAGCGUAAGAAAUUAGUCAGCGAGGAUGAGUUUGAGUCAGACCGAGAGGACUAUCGGGCCAAGUCAGAGAGCGGUGGCAGCGAUUAUGGAGGAGUGGGGAAGAAGAAACGCAGGAAGCACCGGGAGAAGAAGGAGAAGAAGACGAAAAGGCGAAAAAAGUCAGAGGAAGAUGGAGUGCAAAAGCCAAAGGUGGAGCAGAAAUCCUCAGCUCAGUUGCUCAUGACUUGGGGGCUGGAGGACGUGGAUCAUGUCUUUACUGAGGAGGAUUACCACACCCUGACCAACUACAAAGCCUUCAGCCAGUUCAUGAGGCCUCUUAUUGCCAAAAAGAAUCCCAAGAUCCCGAUGUCCAAAAUGAUGACUAUCAUGGGAGCCAAGUGGCGGGAGUUCAGUGCCAACAACCCCUUCAAGGGGUCAACGGCUGCUGUGGCUGCUGCUGCCGCUGCCGCCGCUGCCGCAGUGGCUGAGCAAGUGUCGGCUGCCGUGUCAGCCAUCGCCACUGCCCCUGAGCCCCAGCUGCUGCCCCCUGCACCCCUGCAGCCACCGCAGCCCGCUCCCAUCCGCAAAGCCAAAACCAAAGAAGGCAAAGGUCCCGGACACAAGAAGCGGAGCAAGAGUCCUCGCAUCCCAGAGAUGAAGAGGAAGAUGAAGGGGAAGAAGAUGGCACCUCUGAAGAUCAAGCUGGGCAUGAUCGGGGGCAAACGGAAAAAGAGCACCUCACAUUUGUUUCAGAGUGAUGAGCUGGGGGAGCCGGAGGAGGAAUCGGACCUCGACAACUCCAGUGUCCACAGCUCCUCGGUGCGCUCGGACAGUUCGGGAAGAGUCAAGAAGCUGAAGCGGGGCAGGCCUGGUCGGAAGAAGAAGAAAGUUGCUGGCGAAGAAGAGGCGGACGGCUACGAGACCGACCACCAAGACUACUGUGAGGUGUGUCAGCAGGGCGGGGAGAUCAUCCUCUGCGACUCAUGUCCCAGAGCUUAUCACCUGGUGUGCCUGGAUCCGGAGCUAGACAAGGCCCCCGAGGGCAAGUGGAGCUGCCCCCACUGUGAGAAGGAAGGGGUGCAGUGGGAGCCCAAGGAGGAGGAGGAUGAGUAUGAAGGGGAGCUGGACGAUGGCGAGAAGGAGGAGGAGGACGACCACAUGGAGUACUGCCGUGUCUGCAAGGAUGGGGGCGAGCUCUUGUGUUGUGACGCUUGCAUCUCCUCCUACCACAUCCACUGCCUCAACCCGCCACUUCCCGAGAUCCCUAAUGGGGAAUGGCUCUGCCCCCGCUGCACGUGCCCCAUGCUGAAGGGCCGUGUUCAGAAGAUCCUCCACUGGCGAUGGGGGGAGCCACCGACCCCAGUCGCUGUCCCCCCGCUGUCCGAUGCCAGCCCAGAUGACCCACCGCCCAAGUCGCUGCAGGGACGCUCGGAACGUGAAUUCUUUGUCAAGUGGGUCGGCCUGUCCUAUUGGCACUGCUCCUGGAUAAAGGAAUUGCAGCUCGAGAUCUUCCACCUGGUGAUGUACAGGAAUUACCAGCGAAAGAAUGAUAUGGACGAGCCCCCACCGCUGGACUAUGGUUCUGGUGACGACGACGGCAAGAGUGAGAAGAGGAAAAACAAGGACCCUUUGUAUGCCGAGAUGGAGGAGAAAUACUAUCGCUACGGCAUCAAGCCGGAUUGGAUGACAAUCCAUCGCGUCAUCAACCACAGCAUUGACAAAAAGGGCAAUUACCACUAUCUGGUGAAGUGGCGCGACCUUUCCUAUGACCAGUCCACAUGGGAGGAAGAUGAGAUGCUGAUUCCCGAGUACGAGUACCACAAGCAGGCCUACUGGAUGCACAGGGAGCUGAUUAUGGGCGAAGACCCCGCCCAGCCCAGGAAGUACAAGAAGAAGAAGAAGGAACUGACCUCGGAGGACCCUCCAAACUCCCCCACCAAUGAUCCGACAGUGAAGUAUGAGAGCCAGCCACGCUUCAUCACCUCCACGGGUGGCACGUUGCAUAUGUACCAGCUGGAAGGCCUCAACUGGCUGCGGUUCUCCUGGGCCCAGAGCACGGACACCAUCCUGGCUGACGAGAUGGGCCUCGGCAAGACUAUCCAGACCAUCGUCUUUCUGUACUCCCUGUACAGGGAGGGACACACCAAGGGACCCUUCCUGGUCAGCGCCCCACUCUCCACGAUCAUCAACUGGGAGCGGGAAUUCCAGAUGUGGGCACCCAACUUCUACGUGGUAACCUACACAGGAGACAAGGACAGCCGCUCCAUCAUCCGCGAGAACGAAUUCUCCUUCGAGGACAAUGCCAUGAAAGGCGGGAAGAAGGCCUUCAAGAUGAAGAGAGAAGCUCAGGUGAAGUUCCACGUCCUCCUCACCUCCUAUGAGCUGGUCACCAUCGACCAGGCUGCCUUGGCAUCCAUCCGGUGGGCCUGCCUUGUCGUGGACGAAGCCCACCGGCUCAAAAACAACCAGUCCAAGUUCUUCAGGGUGUUAAACGGUUACAAGAUUGACCACAAGUUGCUGCUCACAGGGACUCCUUUGCAAAACAACCUGGAGGAGCUCUUCCACCUGCUGAAUUUCCUCACGCCCGAGAGAUUCAACAACCUGGAAGGCUUCCUAGAGGAGUUUGCUGACAUCUCCAAGGAGGACCAAAUCAAGAAGCUCCAUGACCUGCUGGGUCCACACAUGCUGCGCCGUCUCAAAGCCGACGUUUUCAAGAACAUGCCUGCUAAGACAGAGCUCAUUGUCCGGGUGGAGCUCAGCCCCAUGCAGAAGAAGUACUACAAAUAUAUCUUGACCCGCAACUUUGAAGCUUUGAAUUCACGUGGCGGCGGGAACCAGGUGUCUCUGCUCAACAUCAUGAUGGAUCUGAAAAAAUGCUGUAACCACCCCUACCUCUUUCCUGUUGCAGCGAUGGAAUCCCCCAAGCUGCCAAGCGGUGCCUAUGAAGGGGGUGCACUCAUCAAAUCCUCUGGGAAACUGAUGCUGUUACAGAAGAUGUUGAGGAAGCUGAAGGAUCAGGGCCACCGGGUGCUGAUUUUCUCCCAGAUGACAAAAAUGCUAGAUCUGCUUGAGGAUUUCCUUGACUACGAAGGGUACAAGUAUGAGCGGAUUGACGGGGGCAUUACCGGAGCCCUGCGCCAAGAAGCAAUUGAUCGGUUUAAUGCUCCAGGAGCUCAGCAGUUCUGCUUCCUGCUCUCCACCCGUGCAGGGGGCUUGGGAAUCAACUUGGCCACCGCAGACACAGUGAUUAUCUUUGAUUCAGACUGGAACCCUCAUAAUGAUAUCCAGGCCUUCAGCAGAGCUCACCGCAUUGGCCAGGCCAACAAGGUGAUGAUCUACCGCUUUGUGACACGGGCCUCAGUGGAGGAGCGCAUUACACAGGUGGCCAAGCGCAAGAUGAUGCUGACCCACCUCGUGGUGCGCCCAGGCCUGGGCUCUAAGUCCGGCAGCAUGUCCAAGCAGGAGCUGGAUGACAUCCUCAAGUUUGGCACAGAGGAACUCUUCAAGGAUGAAAAUGAAGGGGAGAACAAAGAAGAGGACAGCAGCGUCAUCCACUAUGACAACGAAGCCAUCGCACGGCUGCUGGACCGCAACCAAGAUGCCACAGAUGACGCGGACGUCCAGAACAUGAAUGAGUACCUCAGCUCCUUCAAAGUGGCCCAGUAUGUGGUUCGAGAGGAGGACAAGAUUGAAGAGAUCGAGCGGGAGAUCAUCAAGCAGGAAGAGAACGUGGACCCUGACUACUGGGAGAAGCUGCUGCGGCACCAUUACGAGCAGCAGCAGGAGGACCUGGCCCGCAACCUGGGGAAAGGGAAGCGCGUCCGCAAACAGGUCAACUACAACGAUGCUGCACAAGAGGACCAAGACAAUCAGUCUGAAUACUCUGUGGGCUCCGAAGAGGAGGACGAAGACUUCGACGAGAGGCCGGAAGGUCGCCGGCAGUCCAGACGGCAGCUCCGGAAUGAGAAGGACAAGCCUCUCCCUCCGCUCCUGGCGCGGGUUGGUGGGAACAUUGAGGUGCUGGGGUUCAACACCCGCCAGCGAAAAGCCUUCCUGAACGCUGUCAUGCGCUGGGGCAUGCCUCCCCAGGACGCCUUCACCUCCCAGUGGCUGGUCCGGGACUUGCGGGGCAAGACGGAGAAAGAAUUCAAGGCAUACGUCUCUCUCUUCAUGAGGCACCUCUGCGAACCUGGGGCGGACGGUUCUGAGACCUUUGCUGAUGGGGUGCCCAGGGAGGGUCUCUCACGGCAGCAGGUCCUGACACGGAUAGGCGUCAUGUCUCUGGUGAAGAAAAAGGUGCAAGAGUUUGAACAUAUCAACGGGCGCUGGAGCAUGCCAGAACUGAUGCCCGACCCCAGUGCUGACUCCAAAAAGUCCUCCCGAGCUUCGUCCCCGACCAUCAAAACCUCCACCACCACCCCAGACCCCAGCUGCACCAAUACUCCCUGUACCUCCAAGCCAGCUACCCCAGCUCCGAGUGACAGAGGGGAUGGGGCGAUCCUGGCAGAAAAGGAGGAUUCAGAGGCCAAAGACGAGAGACCAGAGAAGGAAGCCAAGGGCAGUGAAAAAAUGGAGACGGAGCCUUCCGCUCCCGAGCAGCCCGUUUCUGCCACAUUCCCAGGGGAGAAGACAGAGGUAGAGGCCUCUCAGAAGCCUGAGGAAGAGAGGUUGAUGGCGCUUGGGGAGAAGGCACCCGAAACCGAGCCUGCGGUCAAGGAAGAGAAAGAGAAACUGGUUUCAGAUGCUGAUCCAGAGAAACUUGUGGCUGAUGAGAAACCCAUGGAGUGUGACGAGAACAAGGAAAAGGCGGAGGGGGAAAUGCAGGAGGUGAAGAAAGAGGCGAAAGCCGAGAGAGAGGCUGGAAAGGAGCCCAAAGUCAGCAGCAUCAAAGAUGAGAGCCGGAACAACGGCAAGAAGGAGGACAAGGCUGAGAAACCCCGGUUCAUGUUCAACAUUGCUGAUGGCGGCUUCACAGAGCUCCACACUCUGUGGCAGAAUGAGGAGCGAGCAGCCAUCUCCUCCAGCAAGCUGAAUGAGAUCUGGCACCGCCGGCAUGACUACUGGCUACUGGCUGGCAUUGUCCUUCAUGGCUAUGCUCGUUGGCAGGAUAUCCAGAAUGACAACCAGUUUGCCAUCAUCAAUGAACCCUUCAAGACUGAAGCCAACAAGGGGAACUUCUUGGAGAUGAAGAACAAGUUCCUAGCCAGAAGGUUCAAGCUCUUGGAACAAGCCUUGGUGAUCGAGGAGCAGCUGCGCAGAGCCGCCUACCUGAACAUGACUCAGGACCCUAGCCACCCGGCCAUGGCCCUCAACACCCGCUUUGCUGAGGUGGAGUGUCUGGCCGAGAGCCACCAGCACUUGUCCAAGGAAUCUCUGGCCGGCAACAAGCCUGCCAACGCCGUCCUGCACAAGGUGCUGAACCAACUGGAGGAACUCCUCAGUGACAUGAAGGCAGAUGUGACCCGCCUGCCCGCCACGCUGUCCCGCAUCCCCCCCAUCGCUGCCCGUCUCCAGAUGUCCGAACGCAGCAUCCUCAGCCGCCUGGCCAGCAAAGGGAAUGAGACACAGACUACCCCGACCUUCCCUCCUGGGCCCUAUGCCACCCCUCCCACCUUUGGAGGCUCCUUUGGUACCACUCCUGGCGGGGCCCUGCCCACAAUGGGCGCCAACUACAGCCAAAUGCCCACUGGCUCCUUCAUCACAGCCAACGGUCCCCCCGUGAUUGUGAAGAAGGAAAAAGAAGGCGAGAGUCUGGAGAAGAAGGAGGCGAAGAGUGGGGAGGUGAUUUGUAUAGAUGACUGAGGGGGCACCUGGGCUGCCUCGCCCACCUGGUCACCUCCGGACAGGUUCUGCCUGCUGGCAGGAGGGACACCCCCCUCCCCCCCACCAAGCCUCUCCUUUUAUUUUCUGAUCACACAGAUGGCUUUGCCUUUAGGGGGUGGGAAGUGUGGGGGGGGUCUCAACCCCACCUUGGCUCCCCUGUGUUUGAUUUUGUUGCUGUUCCCAAGCCCCUCCCCUUCCCCCUUUGGGGAGCGGGGAGGCGGGUCUCAAAACCAAGUGGGGGCCAGGACACCUGGGUUCUGUUCCUGGCUUGGGGCUGUGGUGGGCAGGAGGAGCAGGAGAGGAACUAGAAUCCAAGACCCCCAGGUCCCCCUUUGGGGUGCCCUGCCUGUGACAGGGGAGGGGGCGUCUGCUCCUAGCCUAGCAGUGUGGACUCUUCUGAGGAAGCACUGCACAGAAUGACUCUUAUAAAUAUGAAUAUAUAUAUAAUGUAUACACACUCAUCCUGUAUGUUUAACCCCCUUCCCUCUUGUGCUUGGGCCCCCUGAGGGGCAACAACGGGGCAGGCUGGGGAAGGGGACAGACUCCUGAGCGAGCCAUGUUCUGUUCUGAGAACGUAUCAGGGUGGGAUGCCGCCAUCUCCCCCGCCUUUCCUGUGUCUGGAACUCCGAGGGAGCCAGAGUCUGGAGGCGUGCCCCUCCCGGGAGUGUCCCUUGCUUGCGGGAGGGCAGGGAAGAGGGCUGUCUCUUUCUCCCUGGCCGCACCCCCGCCCCAUCCUUGGAAGCAAGGUUGUUUGAGGGGUGGGGAGGGCCAGGCUGCACUCCUGGGUUUGUUGCCAAUUCUCAAGUCACGUCUUGUUUAAACUUCGCAGAAUAAAGGCACUCUGUUUCCUUGGCUA